CAUGCAUACACAGCAUACAUAUAACAUGUGCACAUGUACAUACGUACGUACGCAGGCUCGUCCUUCGCGCGUAUAUUUAUAUCGUACGCAAAAUCGAAGUCGACUCCUCCGACGACCUCGGAGGUGCGUCCGCAUUUAGGCGCGCGUUUCGCAGACCUCGCGAUUUCGCGCCGAGGCUGGGCUUGACAGUGCAAAAACAUUCUCGCGAGGGUGCAUGUGUGCAUGUGUAGGUACGCGACUCUGUUGUCAAUCGCAUUGUCUGUCCGAAAUGUUGCAAUCAGCCAGAGUUGCUAGAGAUUUGGAAGAUUUUCCUUGAAAUUUAGGUCUCAUGCCCAUUUCUACCAAUGUAGAUUAACUUGGAUGUCAAUUUGACUUAUUCUUUAUUCUUUUUCCUAGAACUAAAAAAAGAUAAAGAGUAAAUUAAACUGAGAUUAAUGUUAAUCUGUGUUGGUAGAAAUAAGCAUUAGAAAUGAACCAGACAAUGAACAGAAUGUGGAAACAGUUAAAUAUGUUGAAUGACAAAAAUAUUCCUUAUUCAGCAGAUUGAAUGGUUCUUUAUUCUCUAUUCUUAGUACCUAUGCUUUUUAUUAUGCAUCAACCCCAAAGCUAGUGGUAUAUGAAAAAACUUGGGGCCUCUCUCACCAACUCUAAUUUAUCUAAUCAAUUGUUUAAUUCAGUCAUCAUGUUUGCCAACAUGAGAACCAAACACUCUGUUAUUAGAAAAGAAAGAAGAAUGCUUUUAUAACUUAUUUAUGUCAAUUUUAUUCAUACAAAUGAUUUUUUUUAAUAAUUUCCAUUUAAUUUAAUUAUUGGAUAUUAUAAUUGUAUGUAACACAAGAUGCAAGAUGAAAGAAAUAUUACAUUGAAAUGUUACGUUGAAAUUAAUCUUAACACUAAUUAAUCAUCGAUUAACUUAAAGAUUGAGGAAAGAGCAGUAAGGAAAUCAAUGUAUUUGAUUUGCUAUUACUUAUACGUCACCACCUUAAGUUUUGACUGUGACUGGUCAAUUCGCUUACUGACUGCUUAUAUUUUUCUGUGUACCACUAACUUUUAUUGUUGUUAGUAGAUCUAAAAAGUGUUUUGUGGUACUCUCACUAAAGAUUACGAAUUUAAAUAUUCAUAUAUAUAUUGGAUGUGUUGGUUCAAAUUCUUGGCCUAUCAUUUACUUUGCUCUUACACAGAGCCACAUGUCUGCACAUCCCUGAAUGCCUGUGGUUCCAUGUGCAUCAUGCCGCAAACAGAAUGCACUACCUAAUUGUUAUUGUCAUAGGGGAUUUUGUGGGAGGAUUAAAAUACUGUAGAUCUUUGUAUUUUUCUCCUCUAAUUCCCAUAGAAAACUUUAUUCUUCCAAGAAAUGCCUUGUGAAGAUCUGUUCAUAUUGUUUGUCCUACUUGUAGUCAGUCUCUUCAUUUUCUCUCCAACACUCGAAUAUAUAUUUAUCUCAUUUCAAGUGUAAACAUUUUUAAAAAGUUCAAGCAACACGAAGAAACCUAUUAAAACCUGGAAGGGAAAAAUUUUCCAACCUGAGUACUUUCAUUUUAUUCUUGUCUAACAUUCAGCAAACAAUAAGGAUAAAAUGACAUUCGGGGAGGGAGAAAUCUGAAUGCACUUCUGGGCACAUAUUAAGAAACUUUUCGAAAUGGAUUCUGGUUGGAACUAUUUAAUUAUUUUCUAGAUUUCUAUUGUUUUCUAUGGAAAAUGAAAUAAUUUCAAUCGAAAUCCAUUCGAAACCAUUCCAUGAAGCUCAAAGCUCCAAACCAGACAAUGAAUAGAGAACAAGGAAUUAGAAACAGUUCAAUAUGUUCCUUCCAAUAAGCUUUUUUAUUUAACAUAUUGAACUGUUCUUUACAGUCUUUCUACAAUAAACCGUUAGUCACCAUAUCAUAUAGUUAUGAGUCAGAAUUAUAAGUCGUAAAUGUUAGGAAACUUGCAUCUAGAAUAAAUCAUUAUUAGAUCAUUGCGUCAAUCUAUUCUAAUCAAUUCUCUUGAUAAACAUGACAAAACAUGACGUAUAUCGCUUUUUGAUUGGUCAGUCAUAACAUACAAGUUUUAAAUUGUAAGAAAUGGAAUUUAGCCAUUUCCAGUCACUGAUCACUUAUUGCUUUAUGACACUACUGACUCACUUAUAAGUCGCUCCUGACUUCUAAUCCAUUACUACAAACUUAUUGUAGAAAGCCCUUUGCUCCUAUAAGUCAAAGCAUAGACUUUUGUAUAAUGCAAGAAAAUUUACCAAAGUCCUUCUAUCUUAGGAAAGAAAUGGCCUUAUUACUUAUGCUGUUCAUUGUGCAACUAGCUCAUUGCAUAAUGAAAAGCACAAGAACAAGGAAACAUAACCUCAAAAAAGCUCGUAUAAAAUCGAAUCGCUGUGAUUGAUCAAGUACAGGUAACAGAGAAUGAAAAUUCAACGUACAUCGAAAAUUUAUUCCUGUUGCCUGUUACACGUUUCUUUAUUAUUAUUAUUUUUUUUUUACUGUGCAUUGAUACAUGGUUUUGCAGAUUGAAAUGUAUUGCCGGUGUUGCCUAUGCUAUUUGCUGUUUUUAUUGCCUUUCAUUCUACAAUAGAAUUGAUAUGUGCCCUGACAACUCUGCUGAAUCGGCUGAGCCGAGUGGCGGCCCUCACGGCCACCACCGUGCGAUUAGUCGUUAGUGCACUUUACCGCCGGAGUUCAUCUCGGUUGUUUUGGCAGCUGACUGCUCCCUUUUCUCUCCCCGUAACGGAAACGUCGGCGCGUCGUUUCUCGAAUCAGUCGAGUCUCGAGUUGUCAAAAAGAUUGGAUGCUCCCGCGACACGCCUGUCGAGAUACCUUUCCAUUUCGAACUCUUUUUGGGCAGCAUUCGAGGAGCAAUGAUGUUACGCGCCGUAACAUAAACUGUUCUCUUGCAGCAGGAGCGCGUCCCGAAUCCGCAAAUUACGCGCGCCCUCGCCAAUUUACCUAUACGACGCGGAACGUUCCAGCAAUGUUAAAGCAAUUCUGCGACAUUUCUGCAAUGUUACUGAAAUGUUACAAAUGUUACAUUCUGUGCUGUUCGAAUAGUCCCCGAAUUACGCGUGGUGAAACGAUUGGAUUUGACGCAGCACGUUGAUCUACGUUUCCGUGGAAUCCUCGUACUCAAUGCUACAUCCAUAAGUGUAAUCUGCGAUCGUGCGUUCACUGCUCGAAAGAAAGAGGAGAAGGAACGUCGGGUUAGAGGACUUGGAGCUCGCUAAUUAAACAUAAUAAUGGAUUCGGAAGAGGAAACGCUUUACGACGAUGUUGACUCGGGUAACGAGUCGAGCGGCGACGACGUCGAUUUCGCUAUGGAAAUAGAAUCCGGUAAUCCACGGGAGCGAGCCACCGAUGUCGACGAAUAUCCCUUCGAAGUGCUUUCCACGGAAGAGAUCGUGCAACACAUGGUUGACUCCAUAAAGGAAGUCAACACUGUUGUUGAAAUACCAGCCACUACCACACGUAUUUUGUUAAAUCACUUUAAAUGGGACAAAGAGAAAUUGAUGGAACGAUUUUACGAUGGUGAUCAAGAAAAGUUGUUUGCCGAGGCACGUGUUAUUAAUCCCUUUAGGAAGGGUCCUUUGAUAAGCAGGAGUCGAUCAUCCCAAAGUUCUUUGGUAAAUCCGAAGAGACCGACAAAUGGAACAGAAGAAUGUGGAAUCUGUUUUAUGAUCUUGCCAUCUUCAAUGAUGACUGGUCUUGAAUGCGGACAUCGUUUUUGUACCGGUUGUUGGGGAGAAUAUUUGACAACUAAAAUCAUGGAAGAAGGAGUUGGACAAACGAUAGCGUGCGCGGCUCACGCUUGUGACAUUUUAGUAGACGAUGCCAGUGUUAUGCGACUUGUCAAGGAUUCCAAAGUUAAAUUAAAAUAUCAACACCUAAUCACCAAUAGUUUUGUUGAAUGUAAUAGGUUACUGAGAUGGUGUCCUUCCCCUGAUUGCAAUAACGCCAUUAAGGUGCAGUACGUGGAAGCGAGACCGGUUACUUGCAAAUGCGGACAUAUCUUCUGUUUCCACUGUGGAGAAAAUUGGCACGAUCCCGUAAAGUGCCAUUUACUCCGUAAGUGGAUCAAAAAGUGCGACGACGAUUCCGAAACAUCCAACUGGAUCGCCGCUAACACGAAGGAGUGCCCUAAGUGUAACGUUACUAUCGAAAAGGACGGCGGGUGUAACCAUAUGGUUUGCAAGAAUCAGAAUUGUAAAACUGAAUUCUGUUGGGUAUGUCUUGGACCUUGGGAACCUCACGGAUCUAGCUGGUACAAUUGCAACCGUUACGAUGAGGAAGAAGCUAAAGUAGCCAGGGACGCGCAGGAAAAAUCUAGAUCAGCUUUACAGAGAUAUUUAUUUUAUUGUAAUAGAUAUAUGAAUCAUAUGCAGUCGCUAAAGUUUGAAAGUAAAUUAUACGCCAGUGUGAAGGAAAAGAUGGAGGAAAUGCAGCAACAUAAUAUGUCAUGGAUCGAGGUGCAAUUUUUAAAAAAGGCGGUUGACAUUUUGUGUUCUUGUAGACAGACUCUUAUGUACACUUACGUUUUUGCUUAUUAUGUGAAAAAGAACAAUCAGUCUGUGAUUUUUGAAGAUAACCAAAAGGAUUUGGAGAGUGCUACAGAGUGCCUCUCUGAAUAUCUUGAAAGGGAUAUCACGAGCGAAAAUCUUGCAGACAUUAAGCAAAAGGUUCAGGAUAAAUAUAGAUACUGCGAUAGCCGGAGAAAAGUGCUUUUAGAACAUGUCCAUGAAGGGUACGAGAAGGAAUGGUGGGAUUAUAAGGAAUAGAGGAUUUUUGCUAGUUUUAUUUCUUGGGGUGAUCAUAAAUCCUCUUCCUUCCCACCUCUGCCCCAGCUGUGAUAAACCAAGAAAGAGUUAACAAGAGACAAAAAUGGAGCAUGUCACAAGUGAUUAUAAAACGUGUUAUAUGCACUUUAUAUAUAUGCUCUGUGGCAACACGUAUAAUGUCGUUUAUGAAUUAAUAUUGAACUCAAAUUAUUAAAAUUCAAUUCCGAUCACGAAACAAGUUGAUUGGACAAUAUUUUGAUUUGCGCUUGCUGUGUGUCAUUGUAGAUUCUUGAUCCUUGAUAAAAAUGCCCCAUUGUUUUAGGAUCUUAAGAAAAAGUUAUAUUCCUUAAGACAAGAGUUAUGUGUCAUUCUUCGCUGAACAUACUUGGCAUGUUUGCGAUGUAAAAUGACUUGGCUAAAAAUUGGCUGUUUUAUUUAGCAUGUUUUAUCUGACGUUGCGCUGUCGAAAGCUUUCGAAUCCUGAGAACUUAUUUUCUUCCCCUUAAUUUUAAGGAUAAUUGUUAAAAAUAAGUCAGGUACAAUUUAAACAGAUCAUCCCAAACUAUUUUAUUCUAUUUUGGAUCUGAAUACUAGUAAGGAUCCGAUAGUCUGAUACUCUAUUUUGGACCACAAUACGUCCAGGCUACAACUGCCAAUGUUUAAGAAACACAUAAAAAUUAUCUAGAUGCAUAUCGUCAGUGCUAUGUAUUCAUAUUUGACAGUCGAGCUUUUCUCAUCCUUGCUUGUCUACUGUUUCAAGAAAACUAGACAUACUUAAAUACAAAAUCUUUUUCAAUGAAACUGUAAAAAAUAUACAGUCAUUUUUUCCCUAUGCAUUUCUCUUUACAGAUAAAUUAUAUAUAAUAUCAGUUAGUUACUCACACUGAUAUUGUGCAGAUUAAAGGGGGCCAAGUUUGUGAUAUCUUUCACAUGUACCAUAUUCCAUCUCUGCGUGUAAAAGUAGAACACACACGACAAUUGCCGACUUGCAAGAAAAUCAUCUUAUUAUCGUUCUUUCUUUUUGUGAUUAAUUUUUUGUUACAAAAUUGUACAAAUUAUAUUUUGUACAAUAUUAUGUGUUUAUUAUUAUAUUAUUAUGUCCCGGUUUUAACCAUAAAUAGAAAUUUAUCUGUAACAUGUCUUGUUCACACAUGUAAUAAUGUGUUAUAAAUACUUUAUAUGUAUGAAAUAACACAUAAUUAAGAUAAUGAAUCUAUUUAAAUUUAUUUAAUGAUUUUGUAUAAGUUCAUUUAUUCAGCUAUUUUUCAAUUUAACUGAAAAUAUUUUUAUUUCAUCUUUUCAUCACUAUGUCUUUAUGAUUGUUCUUCAUUUCUUUUAUUUUAUUUGAUUGCUAUCCAUUUGCAUAACACUGACGAUAUGUUUUAUUAGCUAACUAAUUAAAGGUUGACUACAAUAAAGUAAUCACUUAUAAUUGUCAAUAUAAGUGGCAAACUAAAUGAGUUUUCCGUUUGUACAGUUAAAUAUAGUAUAUAUAUCCACACACAAAUGCAUAAUAUUUAAACAUAGUAUUGAUAAUAGUAAAAUAGAGAAUUUUGAAGAUUUAUUAAACCGAAAUUGUUGAUUCUUGCUAUUGUGCACAUUAGAAUCUGAAAUAAAAGUUGAGAAAGCGCAGUUGUUUUCUGUACAGUCGCAAAAUUUGAUUAGAUGUAAGAAAAUUGUUAGAUACACUCGCCAGAAAUUUUUCCCCCUCUCUAGUUUGUGAUUUUAUAAUCUAUAUUCACAACUCGAUUCGUAAACUACAACAGUAUAUAUUAAAGAACUUGAGGAUCCUGUGUAAAAAUAAAAUUUGUAAAUGUUCAAAAUUUCUUGUAUAUGACCCGAAUUCGAACUUCUAGGCCAAGUCUUCGUAUUCAUAAAAAAAAUGUAUGACAUAUAUGAAGUUAAAAUAUUUAGCUGUCAAACUGUCAGACAUAUCCGGAAAAGCGCCAUAAACGAACACUCGAUUGGAUUUUAAUUGAAAUAGGUAGAUGACAAAUUUACAUCAAGGAUUUCAUUAUCCAUUCGUAUUUAGUAUUUAUGAGUAUUUCAAUGGCAAAACUUAUACGAUAACAAAAUAAACUAUUUUACUAGUAAAGUGUAAUAUAUAUAUAGAAAGAAAUCGUGACUUUACUUUUGUAGCUAUAAAUAAAUACGUACAUUAUCAUGCAUUGUCAUCUUUACGAGGUCCUUAGGGAUAGAAUUUCUGAUCAUUGUUCGGUGUUGCCUUUUGUUAACGUGUAUAAUUACAAAUAUAUAAUUGUAAAUACUGCAAUACACACACACACACACAUACACACACGUAAAUAUACAUACAUACAUACAUAUAUAUGUAUGUAUGUAUAUGUAUGUAUAUGUGUGUAUGUAUGUAUAUAUAUAUAUACAUACACACACGUACACUGUAAAUCUUAAGUGAUAGAUCUCAGUAGUCUUCAUGGAUAUGAAAAUAUGUACGAGAUUUCAAUGCUAAAAAUGACGGUUAAUAUAUUUCCUUGGCAGAAAUGUAUCCUCCACUUUGGUUAUAAGAAAUAAAGAGAGGCAAGUUAUUAUCCCACA